AUGCAAAACCCAUUUAUCCUCUCAUGGAGUCACUCUUUCAUGAAGUCACUCUUCCAUGAAGUCACACAUUCAGGAAGUCACUCAUUUAUUCACCCGUCGGCAGAGCCCCUGGAAUGCAAGAUCACACAAGAGGGGUCAGAGUACGCGGGGUCAGUCGACGAGGCGGCGGACGGGGAGAAGUGCGAGCCAUGGCUGGCCAUGACCCCCGACAGGAAUUCCGCUUUGCAAUACCUGCUGAUGUUUCCCGAUGUCGAAUUGGACAGUCGCCAUAACUACUGUCGGAAUCCAGACAAAACUUAUGAUGGACCUUGGUGCAAAACCAAGCAACGCAAGAUCAGCCUGUGCAAAAUUCCUUUUUGUUCCGAAGAGAACAUGAAAUCUGCUUCAGAAGAAAAAUCGGCGAACGGAAAUCUGGAAUGCCGACAGUCGGAAACGGGGACGGAAUACGUGGGGACGAUGAAAAAGACGAAGACCGGAAAGAACUGUCUCCGGUGGGAUUCCCAACCCUAUGGAAAGCUGGAUCUAACUUACGAAGGGCAUUUCCUAAGAAACGAUCCCUCGACGGAACAGAACUUCUGCCGGAACCCGACAUCCAAGGAACGACCCUGGUGCUUCGUCGACGACGCAGCGACGAAAUGGGAAUUCUGCGACAUCCCCCUCUGCCCCAAUCACCCCUAA